ACUACAGAUGCACAAACAUUGAUUAAGUUUGUGGUUUGAAACAUACAGACUUGAUACUGCUCGUAUGCUGAUUUGUUUUCAUUUUAGGCAUGUUGUUUAAGUAUUACUGAUCACUUAAGAAUGGAUUCUUCAGAUGUUGUUGAAGAUCAGCUUCUUUUUAAUGAAUCAGCAAAUGUGCCUGACAUAACUGCAGUGACUUAUUCAUAUCUAUUAUGUAUUUUUGGUGGCUCUUUGUCAGUUCUCAUAUUGUUUGGAAACCUUCUUGUUAUAAUCUCCAUUGUUUACUUCAAACAGCUCCACACUCCUACAAACUUCCUGAUGCUCUCUCUGGCUGUGGCUGACCUGCUAGUUGGACUUUUAGUUGUGCCUUUCAGUAUCGUGCUCUUUGUGAAAUAUUGGUAUGUUGAAGAUUUACUUUGUAAGGUACGAGGCAGUAUAGAUGUGUUGCUGGGCAAUUCUUCCAAUGUGAACUUGUGCUUCAUUUCUGUUGACAGAUAUUACGCAGUGUGUCAGCCUCUGAGAUACAGAAUUAAAAUAAAUGUCCGUGUUGUUGGGAUCAUGAUUCUGGUGUCCUGGACUAUUGCCACUCUAAAUGGAAUUAUUUACACGUUAAAGACCCCAGACAAAGGACAAAAAAAUGAGAGAUGUUUUAUAUUUCAACAGAAAUCACAGAGUUCAAUAGUUGUGGUAGUUUUUAUUGGAUUUGGCUUCCCAGCUAUUUUGAUGUCUUCAAUCUACCUAAAGAUUUUGAUGGUGGCACAGAAACAGGCACGCAGCAUCCAGAGCAUGGCAAAAUCUACUGCAGCUGUCAGUAAAGUGGAGAGAAAGGCGACUAAAACUCUGGCUAUUGUGAUGGGAAUUUUUCUCAUGAGUUGGAUGCCUUUCUUUCUCUGUCUCAGCUUUCAUCCUUUGAGCAAUUAUACAAUACCAUAUCAUGUACUUCAGUCAUUUAAGUGGCUUGGAUGGUCAAACUCAAUGUUCAAUCCAUUUAUUUAUGCUUUCUUUUACAGCUGGUUUCGAUCAGCUUUUAAGAUGAUCAUUACAGGGAAAAUAUUUAAAGAUGAUGUUUCUAAUUCUAAACUCUCUUGAUUCAUUAUAUGAUUCACUGACUGAUUUUAGUGAUCAGGUCUGGCACUAAGGAUGAAUAUAUUAUGUCUCAUAUCUCUGUAUUCAUCUCAUAUGUUGAUACAAAUUGCAUCUGUACUAUGUAGUUACUGUCUGUUUUUGCAACACAAUGUAUAGAAAGCCUCUUGACAAGUGUCUAAUAUGUGAGGUGUUGUCUCUGUCAUUAACUAUGUGAUGGGUCAGUCCCUUUAUAAACCUAAUAUUUCUUUCUUUUAAUGUGUUUGCUGUUAUUGUCAUUCUUUUUGUCACUGUCAAUGUUAUUAGUUGUUGAUGUCCUUGAAGGUCCAAUAGUAACAAUUAAGCUAUAUAUUUUUUUUUUUUUAUAUCAGUAUUAGUUGUCCAUGACUUGUUCUUCUGAAGUUUUUUAUCGUAACACACAGGCAAUGCUUUUAGAAGAAUUAUUGCAUAUAUACAUGAACUCUGGAUUAGUUUUAGGUUAUAACGUAUUCAAGAAAUAAUCAUGAUAUUAUGGUGAUAACAUUUAAAAUAAGACUUUCAUUGGCAGGUCACAUACAGGACAUUAUCUCCUCAAAGUACCUUAGCACACAUGCUUGCCCUCAUGAGCUGUUUCAAAUGCAGAUUGUUAUUUUAUGCAUUGCCAGACAUAUGAGUCUUCAGUCAUAACAAACCUAUCUGGCAUGCUGGUGUUAUUAUCUUAUCAGAGCAACCUGCAAACAACUAUUUGUAUUCACUAAAAUGAUCAAUGAGCAGAAGAAAAACAUAUUGAACAUUAUGUUCAAGAUAUUUAAAGUAUUUUAAGUAAAUUGCAGUGGCUCUGUAAUUCUGGAUUUAAACAGACUUGUCCUUUGAGUGUUUUUGGACAGUUCACUUAAUUGAGAGUUCACUCUGCUCUAAAACAUAUGCCUACUUCUUCGAUAAUUGGCAAAUGUUUGCAUCAUUAUAAUGAUUUAAUUGAAGCUUUUGCUAACAUUUUGAUUUAUUUCUUGAUUCUACUGAUGAGACGAAAAGCAAAAGCCCACACAUGUGAUGGCUUAAAUUAAAUUUUGUGUCAUUAAAUGGUCACUUCAAUGUCCAUAUUGUUUUGAUGAUGUGGGUCAAUAAAACCAGAAGAUAUGGCCUUUAACCUUG